AUGACCCUUAAGGGUGCCACUAACUCGGCCUGUGCUGCGUGCAAAUACCAAAGAAGAAAGUGCACCCCCGAGUGCCCUUUGGCCCCUUUUUUCCCAGCAGACCAACCCAAAAUGUUCCAAAACGCACACAAGCUAUUUGGAGUUAGCAACAUCGUGAAAAUACUUAAAAACUUGGAGCCUGAAAUGAAGUUUGAGGCCAUGAGGUCCAUAAUUUACCAGGCCAAUAUUCGUGACAAGUUUCCGGUUUACGGCUGUUGGGAGGUGAUUUGGCAACUACAAUACCAACUUCUGCUGGCAGAGGAAGAGCUUCAAGCUGUUCAAGCCCAGCUUGCAAUGUACAGGCAACAUCACCACCACCAGCAUCAGAUUUCAUCUGUGCCUGAAUAUGUAACCUCACAAUUAGAACUGGGCAUGGCUCCACCUAAUAAUUCCCUCCCUCUUUUCAAUCACAACCCACAGCCUUACAAUAAUAAUAACAAUAAUGCCAUGCCUGCUUUGCCUGUAACACAACACCAUCAUCAACAGCAGUCUUACUCUAACAGCAGUGAUGCUGCUUAUAGCUCUGUUUAUAUUGACUCUAAGGAUAACAAUGCUGCAAAUCCUUUGUGGGUUUCAAAUCCUUGUACCACUAACAACAGCAACAAUGACAAUUCAGAGACAAUUCAAUCCCAACUGGGAGUUCUUCAGCCACUGUCUCUCCAACCAGAUGUUGUUCAAGAUUAUGAUGAGCUGCAUCCCUUUUUCGACACCAUCGACGACAGACAGUCCUACAUUGAUUCCAAGGAGGCUUACGAGUCAAGCUCCGAAGAAUCAUUUAAGGACACGACACAAUCGAUGGAGUAUGCAGAGAACGCAUUGAAGAAUGCUGCGUCAUGCUAUAGUCUUACCAGCGUCAACUGA